AAAAAAGCGGAAGUUGUUGUAGUUCUGACAGGGCUAAAAAUAAGCUAAGCUAGCUAAUAUGAAAGUGGGAGACCUGGCGUUUACAGCGCGCGUUUCCGGUGAAGUGUGAGUUUAUCAGUAAUCGGAUGGUGAUAUAAUCUUCCUGCUGCUUCAGUAAACCUGUAACAGUGAUGGCGGAUAACGCGGAGGGGUUUGACCGGGCUCCCGGUGCGGGGCGGACCCGGGGGAAGGCGAGCGGGCCUGGGCAGGGAGACAGCAGCAGACCCCGAGAGCCGGAGCUCGCGGACGGAGAGGCGCUGUUUACCCACUGUCAGCCUCUCAGACAGCCGCGGACUCCUGUACCGACCCCGGAGAGCCCCGCAGACAGCAGCAGGGCGUCCAUGUCCUCCUCCAGCUCGUCCGUCAGUAACAGCAGCGGUGCAGCAGUAAAACCUCGGGCCGGGCCGAGCGCAGUGUACGAGUCCAGACUGUCAGCACACGCCCCCGAGUUCAUCCCCUCCACCUACACACCUGUCCAGGACGAUGUGUAUGAGGAGGACUGUUAUGACGGUUACUACCCCGAGUUCUCCCUGGCGGAUCUGGUACAGGACAUCCUCAGCCACCUGAACUCGUCCCCGGGGUCGUUCGAGACGGACAUCGGGAGCAUCACGGCCACGCUGAACGACUGGGUGACCAGCGAGGAGACGCUGCACGAGCUGGUGGAGCUCAUCUUCUCACAGUCCACGUCGAUGCCCAACUUCACCUACACGGGCGCUCGACUCUGUAACUUCCUGUCUCAUCAUCUCUCACUGAGUCCGGCCAGCGGGAACUUCCGGCAGCUGCUGCUCAAACGGUGUCGCACUGAGUAUGAACAGAGACAGCAGGCCCUGAUGGGUGAUGAGGAAACUCAGAAGAGGUUUCACACUUAUGUUUUGUUUCUGGGAGAACUCUACCUAAACCUUGAGGUGAAGAGUGUGAAGGGUACCAUGUCUCGGGCGGAGAUCCUCCUCGGUGCCCUGAAGGACCUGAUGGACACGCUGUUCUCUCAGCCCAAAGACAGGAACCUCAUCUGUGCUGUCAAGCUGUUGAAGCUCACAGGUUCAGUUCUGGAGGAUGCGUGGAAGCAGAGAGGACAGUCCCACAUGGACGAGCUGAUCCAGAAAAUUGAGGGCAUCUUAUUGGACGCUCAGUGCAGCCGUGAUGUGAGACAGAUGUUGUUGAAGCUGGUGGAGUUGAGAUCCAGUAACUGGGGCAGAGUUCAUGCAGCAGCGGCGUACGACGAGGCCACGCCCGACAACGACCCCAACUACUACAUGAAUGAACCCACUUUCUACACCGCAGAUGGCACUCCGUUCACAGCUGCCGACCCAGAGUACUCUGAGAAAUACCAGGAGAUUUUAGAGCGAGAGGAUUACUUCCCUGAGUUCUACGAGGAGAACGGAAAUGAAAAUGAAGCGCUCGACAGUGAGGACGAGAUGGAGCCGGAGAUCGAGGAGGCGUAUGAGAAGUUCUGUCUGGAGACUGAGAGACAGAAACCAUGAGAACUGUCCAGUGCUGAAGCGUCGGUUCUCUCCGUCUCCGUGAGAACCCUGGCCACGUUUUAUCUUCCUUUAACUUUAGAUCAUUACGCAUAAAGAGCACCGGGCUGGCUUUAGAGAUUUACUUCUGGCUGGAGUUUGUGUCGGCUCGCGGACGAGCGGGUCCUGGUGUGACGUUGUGGUGUGUGUGUUUAGGUUUGUGGAAGAGACGCGAGCGGUUUGCAGUGAGGUUUUAUUUCUUCAGUGACGGACGUCUAACUGCUUCCUGUUGGAGAAUAGAGAGAGGAGGAAGGGAGGAGAGAGGGUGUGGGUUCUUGCAGGUCUGAUGGCGGAAGAGUUAAAAAAGGAAGAAAACCCCUGAUUUUCAUUGUUUAUUGUUUUCUUUGUCUGUUUUUGUCUGGUUCAUUUGGAACCUUUUAAAGAGUUUUACAGAUUUUGAUGCGUGAGGGAACUUUAGAUUCCUGAGUCCUGGAAUACAAUCUCAGUUAAAGGUGGAUUCAGGUGUGUGACUUUCAGCACUACACACACACACACACACACACACACACACAGAGGAAUGUUUAUUUUAUUAGAGUAUUGUACAUAUUAUUUACUGCAUCAUUGGCCUGCAAUAAAUCUUUAUAACAGCUCUGA